UUUUGCUCCCACUUUCAAACCACCACAUCAACAUUUCAUUUGCGCCCUCUCGGCCACCCCAUCCCCUCAUGUUGCGGACAUCGCUGCAAUCCGUGAGGGCGCUGGGCAGCAGGCCCGCCGCCGCUGCUGCCAGCCGCCAAUGGCCGGUUUCCGCAGCCCGGCGUGCAGUCGUGUCUGGGCAGAGAUUCUAUGCCUCCGACAAGAAGCGCUCAGAUGAGACCAAGAUUCCUGCAUCCGAGACUCUGACGGCCCCGUCGACACCCCCUCCUCCGCCCUCCCUCGACACUGCUGCUUCGACGACCAUCCCCUCCAAGAACGUCCCCCUCACCCCUCCCUCCCCUGACUCUGUGGCCACCGAGGCGGCCGAUAUUGCGCCGCCGCCGCCUCUACCGACGCCGCGCAAGAAGAAGGGCUUCUUCCGGAGACUGCGCAACUUCUUCCUGACGCUUACCCUACUGAGCGCCCUCGGAUUCGGCGGCGGCGUCUGGUACUCGCGUAUCAACGACAACUUCCACGACUUCUUCACCGAGUACAUCCCCUACGGCGAACAGGCCGUUCUCUACCUGGAGGAGAUGGAUUUCAAGAAGCGCUUCCCCAACGUGGCCAGCCGGGUGGCAGGCAGGCGGCCCGACGGCGAGCAGGUGACGGUGCCCGCCCAGAGCGGCGCUUCUUGGCGUGUCGCUGACACGAGGGAGACGGCUGGCAGGCAGUCGAGCGCAGUUCAGAAGGUGGCUGCUGCCAAGGAGCCCAGCAAGAAAGCUGAGCCGGUUGUGGCUGCCCAGCCCAAGGAGACCAAGCUGCCCACGGCUGAGGCCAAGGCCGAGGAUCUCCAGAAGUCGGCGCCUGCACCUGUUGCGGAAAAGAAGCGCACAGCAAAGAAGGUGGCGGAGAAGAAGGCCGUGGAGAAGAAGCCGGUGGAGAACAAGCCCGUGGAGAAGGCACCCGAGCCCGAGACGGCGCUCGUGCCCGCGGCCACGGCACUCGUCCCCACGCAGAAGCCGUUCAAGGCUCCCGAGGUGGACGAGCCUUCGCGGUGGCCCCCAGCUUCGCCUAUCGACCCGCUGGCCGUCCCCAACGCGGCCGACCCCGUCGUGCAAGACCUGGUGCGCAUGCUAAACGACAUCAUCACUGUGAUCAACCACGACGGCGCCAACGACAGGUACGGCGCGACGAUUGGCAAGGCCAAGGGCGAGAUCAGCAAGGUCGGCCAGAAGAUCCGCGAUAUCAAGACGUCUGUCGAGAAGGAGGCUGCCCAGCAGGUCCGGCAACGCGUCGACGGCUUCGACCAGGCCGCCAACGACUUGGUCGCCCGCCUGGAGGCCGCCAUGUCGGUCCAGGAGCAGCAGUUCCGGCGCGAGUUCGAGGCCGAGAUGGACCGGCUCCGGAAGAGCUACGACAACAAGGUGCAGCUGAUCCAAGAGCGCGAGCGCCAGCUCGCCGAGGAGAAGCUCAACAACCAGCUGCUGGAGCAGGCCGUGCAACUGCAGCGCGCCUUCACCCAGGACAUCAAGAAGCACGUCGAGCAGGAGCGCGACGGCCGCCUCGGCAAGCUGAACGAGCUCACGGCUGCGGUCGACGGUCUCGAGAAGCUCACCGCCAGCUGGAACGACGUCAUCGACGCCAACCUGCGCACGCAGCAGAUGCACGUCGCCGUCGAGGCGGUGCGCGCCAGCCUCGAGGACGCCCACCACCCGCGGCCCUUCAUCAAGGAGCUGGUCGCGCUCAAGGAGAUCGCCGCGCAGGACCCCGUGGUCGACGCCGCCAUCGCCUCCGUCCACCCGUCGGCCUACCAGCGCGGCAUCUCGACGCCCGCCGAGCUCAUCGACCGCUUCCGCCGCGUCGCCGCCGAGGUGCGCAAGGCCUCGCUGCUGCCCGACGACGCGGGCGUCGCCAGCCACGCCUCGAGCUACGUCCUGAGCAAGGUCAUGUUCAAGAAGCAGGGCCUGGCCGCCGGCGACGACGUCGAGAGCAUCCUCACCCGCACCCAGACCUUCCUCGAGGAGGGCGACCUCGACAACGCCGCCCGGGAGAUGAACGGCCUUACGGGGUGGUCCAAGACGCUCAGCCGCGACUGGCUGGGUGAGGUGCGCAAGGUGUUGGAGGUGCGGCAGGCUUUGGAGGUCAUCCAGACGGAGGCGAGGCUACAGAGCUUGAAGGUGGAAUAAGCCCGAGACCAUGGGCGUUUCUUUUGUCGAUGUACAGAUUACAUUCCUGCGUUAGAUCUGUUAGGUAAAGAAAGGUCUGGGCUGGUUGUGGUGUAUCAAGUAGUCAAUAGACGCGAGUUGGCGAUUUAA